GAGGGUCGGCUCGCCAUGGUGCGUGUGGCGGCGUGGGCAUGGCGGCCAAAGUUACGAAAAACCCAAGGAGGGAAGCAAGAGAAAAAAGUUAUCCAUCCUUACAGCAGAAAAGCUGCGCAGCUUGCGAGGGAAGCACACAAACAGGAAAAGAAAGAAAAGUUGAAGACUGACAAAGCUUUGCGUUUGAGUAUCAUUGGAGAAAAAUUGCAAUGGUUUCAAAGUCACCUUGACCCCAAUAAAAUUGAGUACACAAAGAAGGAAGCUGGCGAACUAAUUGAAAAUUACAUGUGUCGAUUCAAUGCUGAAUUGGAGCAGAUUGAAUUACAAAACAGUAUUAAAGGUAGACAAGGAAGACAGCAUGGUUCACGGGAAACUGUCAUCAAGCAGACCAUAGAACGUGAAAGACAGCUCUAUGAAGGCUAUGGAAUAGAAAUCCCAGACAUUAUGAACAGAAAGCAUCUUAAAUUUUUCAGAGAAUGGGAUGGUGAUCUGAGGAAACUGCCAAACAUCAAAAUGAAAAAGCUCUCAGCUAAGGACGCUGCUUGUAGUCACCCUGAGGUGGCAGAUGUGGAAGCAAAAGAAGAAUUGAAUAAAGCAGAAGAGGUGGCCUAAUGAGAGCACCAGCAGAUUCAAGAGCUGAAGCAGCUGAGAGGAAUUGUAAGAAACCUAUUUUAAUUAUCACAGACACAAGAAUAAAUUCUAACUAUAUUUGCAAAAGCUUUGCUAGUUGCAUUUUUUAGGAGCUCGCUGUGUACCUGUGAUACAAUAUAUUACUGGGUAAAGCUGUAUAUUACUGAAUUAAAAAAACAUCAAUAUAAAUACUUAAAAUUUUAAUUGUGUCCUUACUUUUCAUACUGUACCUUCUCUUUAGGAUGCGGGCUCCUGCAUUGACAAAGCAAUUGUAGCUUAUAUCUUGAAAUCCUGACUAGCUGAGUACCUCUUCCCUGGUCAUACAGCAGUCAGGAUUCAGACAUCUGUUAGAAAUACUUUGUGGUGGGAAAUCCUUACCCUUUCCUGGUAAUGGCAAGAAUGUAUAUCAUUUGGUAUGGAAAUAGCAGAUACCCUGGUAAACAGCGGGAAUAGCCAAUGGUAACUUUUACCCAUCUCUUGUGGUGGUGGCCGGGAUGUCUGUAGGUGUCCACAGUUCUGUGGAGAGCAGGGGUAGGCCUCGUUUCACAAAAUCCUGUGCUGUGUGGCACAGAACACUCACCUUGGGUGUAAGAAAUGCUCUCCCAUUUGGUGGAAAAGUAUAUGCAGAAGAUGAGAUACAUGGAGCAUCAGUUAAUCAUGAAGAACUCUUCUCUUGUACCUUCUCUUGUCUGAGAAUCCAGAGGGCUGGAAAAACUUCAAUAAAAUAUUGAGUAUUUUAUGUUUUGUCAAGAGAAUUUUGAGAGAAUUACACUGUCCUCACCGCUCUUGUGUUGAAGAAUUCAGAUCAGAAGGCAAUUAAAGCCCCUACGGUCUGUUUUUAAAUAUAUCUUUUGUCCGUAUUUUCUUUUUUGCUGACCCCUCUGCUGAGAAAGCUGUGUAUUUUAAAAUUAAGUUGCUUAGGACUUUUAAAUAGGAGGCUUGCUUUAUGAAGCAACUCUUUAGGUGCCUUUAAAUGUGUCUUUCAGGGAGGUUCUUAGCAGAUUCUCACUUUUAAUACUGUAAAAUAAUAAAGAUAAAAGGAAAAAAGGGCAAGGGCAAAGCCAGGGAUAAUUUCACAGCAGGCAUUAAGUAGGACAUAUCUGUUAGUGCGGAUCAGAUUGGGCGCAGGAGUUCAGAUAUUCUGUCUGUACCCAUUGUAGGAGUCACAGUUCAGAUGCCUUUUUAAUUAUGUGGAAAUAAUUAUUCCUGGUGAUCUUUCUAGUAAUUGGUCUGCAGUAUAGUUCUGUGUGUUACACAGCAAGGCUUUGUCAUGGUAAAUAGUUAUGUGGGUUUCCCAGAUUUCUUUUUCAGCUAUCCAGGUUUGUAUUUUCUUAGCUGUGCAGUAUGUGUUUCUGAUGAGUAUUAUUCUGUUAAGAUCUAUAUUAAGUUUUUACCUCUUUACAAAAUAGUCUUGUGCUAUCCUUUCAUGUUUUAGGAAACCAAUCUGUUUAGGUAAUAUAGAAUUAACCAUUGUCCUCCUUAAAUUAAACUAAAGAAGAAACCUGAUUAAGAGACCUGAAGGAUGUGUGCGUGAUGUAAUGCAGCUUUAAGACUGCAUGUCUUAAUCCUGGCUACAAGUCUUAUCCUCUGACACCAGUCAUAUCUCGAGGCUGUCAAAUCACUGCUUUGUGUUUUAGAAAUAAGCGUGCUGAAGUUCAGGGCAAGUCUUUGGUAUUUUUUUAACUUUGUUAAAUUGAGCUGUGUUGUGGAAUUCAGCUUGUUUUGAUUUAUAAAACUUGAGGUGUUAAACUCUGGUGGAAGCUGAGCCAGGGUAAUUGGUCUGAACUAAAGCCAUGUAUGUGCUUUUUCAGUGCUUUGACAGAUUUUGCCUUUCAGAAGAUUCAUCUUAAAUUUUUGCGUGUAUACAGCGUCUGAUGUGCUUUGAAAUUUUAAGUAGAAACAGUGCAGAAAAAGUCACUUUCUCAUCAUAGUCAUUAAAAUACAGAAGGAAAAUGAGCAUUAAAGCAACUAGAAGGUGUCACAGUAAUGACAAUAUAUUAGGCUGACAUCCUGGUGAAUGGUUUAAAAAAGAUUGUUGCGCAAAGUUACGAAGAACGAGAUGUUCUAUAUUCCUUCAAACAAAUCAGCAAUAAGACAUUAUAAAAAAGUAACUAUUACUUGUGUGGUUGAUGUGAUAAUCAAAUAUUUGAAGUGAUUUCUUUUUUAACAUUUCUUAUUCACACUUCAAGAACACAUUUGCAGUUUGAACUUUGUUGAGUUUGUGGCUUUUUGCCCUUGAAGGCCACGUAUUCACUGCUUGGUUAGCUGGCUUUUAAACUGUUUUGUUGAUCGACUGCAUAAGUAAUGAAAAAAGAACAGUUUCUGUGUGUGAACUUUUUACAUUGAAUUAUCAGCAAAAAAUCACAUGUAGCUGUCAAGUAUUCAUAUUUGAAUUGAAAAGUAAUCUAAGGAAGUCUUUUGCCUCACGUGUUACUGAGUCAAGAUAGUGGAAUCUCGUCUAUGGGUUUCAUGAUCCAGUCAUGCCUGUGCUUUAAAGCCAGCUAUUAGGGUUUUGUAUGUUGAUGAGUUUUUUUCCCUAUGGUGGAAAAAAAGGAUGAAUGCUCUCAGGAGUUCUGAAUUGUUAUUCUGUUUCUUUAAAAUUAAAAUCUAGAAGGCAGCUGCCG